AUGGCUGAAAAGAAUAAAAGCAAAGUUGUGUGCUCAGAUGAUGAUCACAGUGAUGCUGAAGAGAGCAAAAAGACAUUGGAUGACUUAACUCUCCCUCUAGAGAAACUCAACCUUGGCCCAGAAAAGAAGAAGAAGAAGAAGCUUCUGGUUAUUGGUCUUGGAGGCUUGCUUUGUCAUAGAGUAUACCGCACUGAAAAAAUCUACAUUCCAAAUUAUCGCCGUCCGGAUGCAGCAUAUGGAAACUACAAGCUUUACAAGAGGCCUUACUGUGAAGAAUUUAUGAAGUUUUGUCUGGAAAGAUUUGAAGUGGGAAUAUGA